AUGGAUGACGCUAUGAGCCUUGCUGCUUCCUCUGAUCAGGACUGCGAGAGUGACGAUGGCCUUGCGGUUUCUCCUACUGGGGGCAGUGUCCAUAGCGGAAGUGAUGACGCUAUGAGCCUGGCCAGCUCCUGCGAAACGCACACGGUGAGUCUUCAGAGUAGUUCCCUUGGGGUGGAUGGUGAGUGUCAGCCACCAGACCGCAGGGCCAGCUUCAGGAUGCAUUCCCGCGAAAGCGAGCCCGGCAAACCGCUUGACGAGGGUGUGUUGCAGCGAAGCAUGCGGUGGGCCUGUGUGUUGGUCGAGGCACUGCAAGAGAAGUUCAGUCAUGCAGAGCUACGGUCAAGCUUAUGGUGCAGCAGUCGACAGGUGACGACUCACUGUAGUGGUCUUGGUGCUGCUGAAGUGGCGCUAGAACUGCUGAAAGCCGCGUCCGAAAUCUAUGCCCAGGACCUGUCCCUCAAGCUGACCAUGUCCGCAUCCUGCGACAGCAGCUCUGCUUGUCGAAAGAUUCUCCUGCUCAGGGAUGCUUCCUCACAUGUCUUCGGUGACAUCUUCACUUCGUUCCCUGGGUGGCCCGGCAAGUCGGGCACGAGGACACCGGCUCAGAACUUGGCGAUGUUGGAAGCCCUCUACCAGGGUGACUUGGGCUCGCACUGUGAUCGCCACCUGCAGCCGUGCUGUCACUUCAAAGCUGAUGGUGACCUGACUGGCUCGCCUUGCCAACCAUGGUCCCAGCGCGGACUCCGACGCGGACUGUGCGAUGAUCGGUCAGCGGUGACAAUGGCUUGGAUGGUGAGAGUGAGAAAGGAGAGAAGAAAGUGGGUGAUACACGAAAACACGCCUGGUUUCGAUACCAAGUUGCUCGACACCUACUUGGGUGAAGAUUACGACAUGUAUCACAUUGUGCUCUCGCCCAAGGACUUGGGCGAGAGCACUCGUCGAAGCAGGGUCUACUCCGUGGGGUACCUUCGCUGCGACGUCCAGGUGAAGGUGAACCCCGAGGCUUCGUUCGGCUAG